CAGAGGAUCUCGCUCGGUGGAUGGAAACUGGCAGGCGGGAUCCAACACAUGGGACCGCCGGAGUCUUACUCCGGGGUCCCCGGCAGUCAGCAACGGGAAGCAGUCAGAUGACCGCUUUCUGGCGGCCGCAAAACGGACGAAAAGUGAAGGGGGCAAAGCCACCCGGAAAAGGUAG